AUGGGAAGGCGCGUCGACGCUCCUGGGAAAGCGAACGCCAUCUUCUGCUCCGUUUCCGCCAGCGGCAAGCUGUAUCCCACCCGGCGGGUAAUCGAGGCCUGCCGGCCGGUGAACUACCAGAUGCGGGCAGAAGAUGGCCACAUCAAAUUUUUCACGGUUGUGUCGGACCCACCGGAAGCAAACGUUCGACUGAAGAUUUCAGCAAAGCUGUCGUAUAUUCCUCUUUACCGUCAAAUCAUCUUUGGUUACUAUCAAGACGACAACUAAAAUGUCACUCCUGAGCA